AUGGAUCCUGCCGGUGACAUGAUCCGCAUGUUAGCAGUGCCGGUUAUGACGGAGGCCUUCCUGUCUCCUCUGCGGUACGUGCACUGUGGUCAGAUGCGGAAACUCACGUGGAAGAUGGAGAAGGCUCACGCUGAAGCGCGACUACACGGUGCUCCGAACCCGGGUACGUCCUGUGUGACGUGCUCCAAGACCGCGACUGGGUGGAAACUCGGCAAGAGCGCCAGUACCUGCAAGAGCUGCUUCCGUGUCGUAUGCAGUAGCUGCAAGAUCAAGAAGAAAAUUAGUAUCGUGACGGCAGAUUUGGCGCUGUCGGAGAAGAAAAUCACUUUCUGUUCGGCAUGUCUGGCGGACGCGUCGACGUCGAGCGCCGUGGACAUUGCUGCCGCUCAGAUCCACGAGAACACACGCAGAAACGGCAUUGUUCGGUCUGUUACUAGCCACUCAUCGUCCAGCUCCGACCUGUUGGCGUCGCGUUAG